UGCAUCAUCCAAUUUUUUACUGAGCUUUAGUUGUUAGAGAGCCUCCCUGUCAGUGUCCUGAUGGAAUAUUGAUAAGGUGACGUAAUGUAUUUAUUGUCCUGUCACAGCUGCAGAGGCAGAGCUCGUAGGUCAAGUGCUAGUACAAUAUUUAAGCUCAGUAAACACUGGAUGAUGCAGCUGGACAAUUUCCCUAGCCUGGUUGGCACCAGACCCUUCUCAAUCCCAAAUCUGCCAGAAGUAUGUCUGGGUUUUCCGAGGCUACAAUUACCCUGAACUAGAAGGAAAUCCACCUUUUGAAGUUGCCCAGUUAAAGUCGACUCAAAAAUGCUGUGGAAUGACCACAACAAACCCUGGUCCACUCCUUCAUUAUGUCCCGCCUAGAUUAUUGCAAUUCCCUAUUCAUUGGCCUCCCCACUACAUCACUUCAAAGACUACAAUAAAUUCACAACUCUGCAGCUCCUCCUCACCCAUUCCAAGCGAUCUGCUCACAUCACCCCUUUCUCAGCUUCACUGGCUACCAGUUCUGUCCCAAAUCAAAAUUCUACUUCUCACCUUCAAAGCCCUCCAUGACCCUGCUCCUCCUUACCUCUGUGACCUUCUAAUCCUUUAACCUCAACCUUCAACCUGUUAUUAAUUGCCAAGGGUUCACUUACUUUCAGCAGCACUUAUAUGUUGUAUGGGUGUUUUCGAUAAAGUAAUACAAAAUAAUAAUUUCCUUUGUGUUAUUAGCUUCAGCAAUAGUGCUUGUCUCUACUAGUGACUUAGCUGAAGAUCAGAUCACAUUUUAUGAACAAUUGAUGCAGAACACAUACAGUAUACUUUUUCUUCCUACAGAUACUAUUUUUGAAACUGCACCACAGGCACUCAUUUUACCAACAUUAGCUUAGGUUUACCAACCUUAUACCCUAUAUAUAUAUACCUAGUCUUUUAAUUAAUUUUUUACAAAAAAUGUAUCAAUGUAAAAAAGAAUCAAAUGAAAACAGAGAGAGAAAGAGAGAGAGAGAGAGAGAGAGAGAGAGAGAGAGAGAGAGAGAGAGAAUGUUGAUGCCCUGACAACACAUGCCAUUUGGUUUAUAAAAAGCCUCACACAUCUGACUCAGGAAGGGGUGUAACUAGAGCGUCUCUGUCAAGUUCACCCUGGUUGUUCAGGUUGUUGUCAUACCUGAUCUGCAUGAGCUCUUGUGAACAUAUCAGGAACUGAGACAAGGCUUCUGAUGCUGACACAUCCUCAUGCUGAGAGAUUGUGCAAAAGGGGCCAGGUCUAAGGUCCACAGGGAGGAGUCAAACGAAGCGAUGACAGACAAGCACGGGCAAGUAGACAAGAAAACUAAAAAAACAGGAGAGAAGAAAGGAGUCAGAAAAGAUUACCUGAUUGGAAAAGAGUCGAUGAAGAUGGAAAUGAACAAGAUGUUACCAGGAGGCAGAGGAAAGGGGACCUCGAAUGAAGUCCAGAAAGGAGAGAGCAAGGAGAUAGACAUCGGAACGACUAGGAAUACCGGGGAGGGUCUUGUUGAGCUCACUCUGCAGGUGAGAGUGGAGGGGAUCCCAAAUCAGCCUUCAGGUGGAGACAAGAAGACAGGUACAGGAAGGCCAGCAGGAAGCAAGGGGACCAAUCAGAGAGCAGGAAAGGCAGGAUGUGAGAGCAGUCCAGGAAAAGCACUAAUCAAAAACAGAAGUCUCGAGAAAGAGGGAGGAGACACAAAGGAAGAGGAAACCAAACUUAAGAGAAGAGUUAAGAACACAGCACCAGCAGUGGCAGGUAAAAAACCUGACAGAACAGAUGAUCUGGUUUCAGAUGAGAAAGACUACCAUCACCUACUGAAGCUGCUGCGAAUCAAGCUUCCAGUGGGGGUCCUCAGUCCUGAGGUUAUCAAAGAAUCGCAAAAACAGACUUGUAUUAGAGAUGCUAAAUCAAUCGUUACCGAUCUGGAGAAUUUUAAGAUCCAGUUCUGCAUAACGCCACGAUUGGGCUGCAGGGAAGUGAAGAGAGCCUUAGCUCUGAUGAACAGCGGGGAUGCUCUUGAGCUCACAAAGAUCAUUUUCUUCGAGGCCAAAAAAGAUGACGACAGAAAAACACUGAUGGAGAUUUGGAAGAGGAACUCAACAAGCACAGGCAAAGGGUUCAGGAUGCAGGACAGGUAUACAAGCACACCCAUCUCCACACCUGAAAUGUACUCCACAGCCAUUACUAGGGGCUGGAGCGCUUCAGUGCAUGAGGGCGUUAAGCCAACAGUGACGGACGGUGUGAGGGUGAACACAAAGGAUAUGGAGAACAUGAACUACUUCGACGAGUCCAUUCUAGACGAGUCUGGGUCGGACCGGUUUGGGAGGUUCCACCAGAACAAAACGGAUGAGAUUGAAUGUCUGAAGUUCUUCCAUGGGCUGGGUGUGAUUAGCUCCGAUAGGGAGAAGGUACGCUACACCAAAGGCAACAAAGUUGAAUGUGGCUUCCUCACAGGCAGAUUGGACUUCUUAGCAAAAAUUCCGAAAUCCUCUGGAAUAUCCGGCACUGGAGCCUCAGGGGAAGACAAGAGGCUUGUGAUCGAGUGCAAAGGCACGACUGGCGACAUGGUGGGGAAGGUCUUCACCAAAAGACAGAAUGGUGAGUGCCAGGCUCAGUUGAUCAAAUUCCACGAGUACUGCUAUCAGACCCAAGCUUAUAUGUACAUCCUGAACAGAGACGCUGCGCUGCUGAGAAGGCCUCGGUCAAACAGAGCUGUGAUGGUCAUCAGACAUUAUCACAGGGGAGGUAACAGCCCACAGGACUUUCACUGGGACUACCUCCAGUUGGAUGAGGACAUCCAAACAGACAUUGAAGAACUGAGGGCUUACUGCCAGAGGGAUGUGUUGGCCUGUUUCCUGGCAGUGUUAGAUCUAAUCUUCCAGAAGGAAAUCACCUGAGACGCAACCCGAGUAAUGUCAGGUGAAGGUUGUUCCAGGUUUUGGCAUAAAAAAAAGGCCGCCAUGGUGGGUUUAGCUAUAAUUUACUUAUUAUUAAUGCAUGUAAACAAACCUGCCACAUAAAAAACAUGUGCCUUUCUGCAGACAGAUUGGAAGCUCUGAUGAUAUUUAAAGGAAAUCUUCCUGAAGCCCUCCAGACAUUAUGGAACAUUGUGAAAUGGUAACUGGACAUAAUACAGUAUGUACGACCUAACUCUCAAUUAGGGGUACAACACUUAAUCAAUCAAUUAAUUGUCAUGUUUUUUCCCCAUUUCCUGACAUUUUAUCAAUCAAACAACUAAUUGGUUAAUUGAGAAAAUAAAUGACAGAUUCAUAAAUUAUGAAAUAAUCAUUAGUUGUAGCACUACUCUCAACUCUUAUUUCUGUGUGGUCUCUUAAGGUUUCUUCCUCUUAAUGGUAAAGUUCCUACUGAGUUUCUAUUUUUUUGUGCUGCUAUCUAAAUAAAUCAUAUUGAAUUAAACAAGUAUUACUUGACAACAUGACACACACGAAAUGCAGUCUUCACCAUGAACUUGCUUGACAUUGUAUCCAAACACACUUUAUUCACAUGACCUCAUUUUAA